GGCCUUCGGCGAGAUUUUUGGUUUUUUAAAUUUUAAUUUGCGACUUUUGAUAGUUUCUCCAGUGGUUGCCUGCACUUGAAAACAAGACACAGUGCUUAAUUAUCGACGAAAGAACUGGACGGCUCCCCGCCGCAGACCCAGUCCCCGAGUUUGUGGCUGGCAUUUGGGCCACGCCGGGCUGGCCCCAGAGGCUGGGCGGUCACAGCGAGGGGCGCGCGGUUUGAGACCACACAGCUUCUACCAACUACGGUUAAACGGGGAAGGCCCGUACCCCAUCCAGGUCCGUUCCUGCAGAGCCGGGAGCCAUCCCUCGCUCUGCGGGCUGGGAGGCCCGGGACGGGGUCGCGCGUCCUGCGCAGCCGAGGUCCCCCAGCGCCCCCUGCAGCCGCGCGUCGGGGGAGACAGAGCCCGGCCCUGCGUCUCCGCACCACGCCCGGGACCCCACCCAGCUGCCCUUUCAUGAGAACAAGCGCGAACACCCGUAGCUCCCGGCCGGCGGCAGAAACAGCGUUGGGCCCGGCGGGAGCACUGCAUCCCAGGCCGGCCGGGUUGUUCUGCCUGCAGCGGGCCCAAUUUCCCCUCCUCUUCCCUCCCUCCCUCCCUCCCUCCUUCCUCUCCUCUCGCCCGCGGGCGCGGGACACGCUGCGCCUCAUCUCUUGGGGCGCUCUUCCUUGUUGGCCAAUCGUCGCAUCCCGUGCAACUUUGGGGCAGUGGCCAUUUACUGUUGAAUGUUCCUCACCGAGAGCGCAUGGCUUGGGAAGCCAGGCUCGGACCCUGCCCUCGAAGGGCCGCUGUCCGGGAGACAGUGAUGCUGUUGCUAUGCCUGGGGGUCCCGACCGGCCACCCCUACAACGUGGACACUGAGAGCGCGCUGCUUUACCAGGGCCCCCCCAACACGCUGUUCGGCUACUCGGUCGUGCUGCACAGCCACGGGGCGAACCGAUGGCUCAUAGUGGGUGCGCCCACUGCCAACUGGCUCGCCAACGCUUCAGUGAUCCAUCCCGGGGCAAUUUACAGAUGCAAGAUCGGGAAGAAUCCCGGCCGGACGUGCGAACAGCUCCAGCUGGGUAGCCCUAAUGGAGAACCCUGUGGAAAGACUUGUUUGGAAGAGAGAGACAAUCAGUGGUUGGGGGUCACACUUUCGAGACAGCCAGGAGAAAAUGGAUCCAUCGUGACUUGUGGGCAUAGAUGGAAAAAUAUAUUUUACAUAAAGAAUGAAAAUAAGCUCCCCACUGGUGGUUGCUAUGGAAUACCCCCCGAUUUACGAGGAGAACUGAGUAAAAGAAUAGCUCCGUGUUAUCAAGAUCAUGUGAAAAAAUUUGGAGAACAUUUUGCAUCAUGUCAAGCUGGAAUAUCUAGUUUUUAUACAAAGGAUUUAAUUGUGAUGGGAGCCCCAGGAUCAUCUUAUUGGACUGGCUCUCUUUUUGUCUACAAUAUGACUACAAAUAUAUACAAGGCUUUUUUAGAUGGACAAAAUCAAGUAAAAUUUGGAAGUUAUUUAGGAUAUUCAGUUGGAGCUGGUCAUUUUCGGAGUCAGCAUACUACUGAAGUAGUCGGAGGAGCUCCUCAACAUGAGCAGAUUGGUAAAGCAUAUAUAUUCAGCAUUGAAGCAAAAGAACUAAGUAUCUUACAUGAAAUGAAAGGUAAAAAGCUUGGCUCAUACUUUGGAGCUUCUGUCUGUGCUGUGGACCUGAACGCAGAUGGCUUCUCAGAUCUGCUGGUGGGAGCGCCCAUGCAGAGCACCAUCAGAGAGGAAGGAAGAGUGUUUGUGUACAUCAACUCUGGCUCGGGAGCAGUAAUGAAUGCAAUGGAAACAAACCUCAUUGGAAGUGACAAAUACGGGGCAAGAUUUGGAGAAUCUAUAGCAAAUCUUGGUGACAUUGACAAUGAUGGCUUUGAAGAUGUUGCUAUCGGAGCUCCACAAGAAGAUGACUUGCGAGGUGCUAUUUAUAUUUACAAUGGCCGUGCAGAUGGGAUCUCAUCAACCUUCUCUCAGAGAAUUGAAGGACUUCAGAUCAGCAAAUCAUUAAGUAUGUUUGGACAGUCUAUAUCAGGACAAAUUGAUGCAGAUAAUAACGGAUAUGUAGAUGUAGCAGUUGGUUCUUUUCGGUCUGAUUCUGCUGUAUUGCUAAGGACAAGACCUGUAGUAAUUGUUGAAGCUUCUUUAAGCCACCCUGAGUCAGUAAACAGAACGAAAUUUGACUGUGUUGAAAAUGGAUGGCCUUCUGUGUGCAUGGAUCUAACACUUUGUUUCUCAUAUAAGGGCAAGGAAGUUCCAGGUUACAUUGUUUUGUUUUAUAACAUGAGUUUGGAUGUGAACAGAAAGGCAGAGUCUUCAUCAAGAUUCUAUUUUUCUUCUAAUGGAACUUCUGAUGUGAUCUCAAGAAGCAUACAAGUGUCCAACAGAGUAGCUAACUGUAGAACACAUCAAGCGUUUAUGCGGAAAGAUGUGCGGGACAUCAUCACCCCGAUUCAAAUUGAAGCUGCUUACCACCUUGGGCAUCACAUCAUCAGUAAACGAAGCACAGAGGAAUUCCCACCACUUCAGCCAAUUCUUCAGCAGAAGAAAGAAAAAGACAUGAUUAAAAAAAUGAUAAACUUUGCAAGGUUUUGUACCCAUGAAAAUUGUUCUGCUGAUUUACAGGUUUCUGCAAAGAUUGGGUUUUUGAGGCCCCAUGAAAAUAAAACCUAUAUUGCUGUGGGGAGUAUGAAGACAUUAAUGUUGAAUGUGUCCUUGUUUAAUGCUGGAGAUGAUGCAUAUGAAACUACUCUACAUGUCACACUACCCAUGGGUCUUUACUUCAUUAAGAUUUUAGAGCUGGAAGAGAAACAAAUAAACUGUGAAGUCACAGAUAACUCUGGCAUGGUACAACUUGACUGCAGUAUUGGCUAUAUAUAUGUAGAUCAUCUCUCAAGGAUAGAUAUAAGCUUUCUCCUGGAUGUGAGCUCACUCAGCAGAGCAGACGAGGACCUCAGUAUCACAGUGCAUGCUACCUGUGAAAAUGAAAAGGAAGUGGACAAUCUGAAGCAUAACAGAGUGACUGUAGCAAUACCUUUAAAAUAUGAGGUUACGCUAAGUGUUCAUGGGUUUGUAACCCCAACUUCAUUUGUGUAUGGAUCAAAUGAUGAAAAUGAGCCUGAAACGUGCAUGGUGGAGAAAAUGAACUUAACUUUCCAUGUUAUCAACACUGGCAAUAGCAUGGCUCCUAAUGUUAGUGUGGAAAUAAUGGUACCAAAUUCUUUUAGCCCCCAAACUGAUAAGCUGUUCAACAUUUUGGAUGUCCAGACUACUACUGGAGAAUGCAACUUUGAAAAUUAUCAACGAGAAUGUGCAUUAGAGCAGCAACAAAGUACAAUGCAGACCUUGAAAGGCAUAUUCCAGUUCUUUUCCAAGACUGAUAAGAGGCUAUUGUACUGCAUAAAAGCUGAUCCACAUUGUUUAAAUUUCCUGUGUAAUUUUGGGAAAAUGGAAAGCGGAAAAGAAGCCAGUGUUCAUAUCCAAUUGGAAGGCCGGUCAUCCAUUUUAGAAAUGGAUGAGACUUCAGCACUCAAGUUUGAAAUAAGAGCAACAGCUUUUCCAGAACCAAAUCCAAGAGUUAUUGAACUAAACAAGGAUGAGAAUGUUGCGCAUGUUCUACUGGAAGGACUACAUCAUCAAAGACCCAAACGUCAUUUCACCAUAGUGAUUAUUUCAAGUAGCUUGCUACUUGGACUUAUUGUACUUUUAUUGAUCUCUUAUGUUAUGUGGAAGGCUGGCUUCUUUAAAAGACAAUACAAAUCUAUCCUACAAGAAGAAAACAGAAGAGACAGUUGGAGUUAUAUCAACAGUAAAAGCAAUGAUGAUGAUUAAAGACUUCUUUCAAAUUGAGAGAAUGGAAAACAGACUCAGGUUGUAGUUAAAAAAUUUAAGACACUGUUUACCAGAAAACAUGAAUUUUUCUUGGACUUGUUUUACUCAUGAUCUUGUGACAUACUAUGUCUUCAUGCAAGGGUAAAAUCUUAGCAAUGAUUACUCUUUGAGAAAGAAGAACUGUCAAGGUAAUAAUACAGCCAAAGAUAAUCUCUCAGCUUAUAAAUAGGUAGUAAAACACUAAAGCAUUCAAUUUAUUCAAGAAAACGAAACCCUUGACGAUAUCCUGAAAGUGUAUCUGAGUUGAAUCAUAUUGGAGAAGUCUUAGACUUGAAAUAUUUUUCCUUUCAAAGAAAUACUACUUACCAUAUGUGGUUGCCUCGGUAAGAGGUUCAUUUCAAAUACACGUUUGAAACUUGUUCAAAAUAUGUUCUUUAAAAAUAUUUAGUAGAAUUUUUGAGAGAGCUGUUCCCAAAUUUUCUAAUGAGCGGAAGUAGACCAUUAUCAAUACUUUAAAGCCUUUUAUUUAUAAUACAUUUCCUAUGGGCUUUGCUCUAACCAUCUUUUUUAGCAGAGUAUGAGUAUUAUAGGCCUAAUGGGCAAUAUUCAGAUUGAACUUGUACACUGGUGUGAGCUUAAUGAAAUGACUUUAGAUAAUUAUUUUUUAUACAGCUAUGGAUUUCCCCAUCUUUCUGUAUAUAUAAUGUGUGUUUAUGUAAAUAUAUAUCUAUUAUGCUUCCUAUAACACACCUUUAUCAAGCAUACCCAGGAGUAGAUAGUUAAGAACCAUCUUCAAAUGUUUUGUUAUUUAAAGGUACGUAAAUAUUCAAAUUUAUAUGCUGAAACAAAAGAUUGUGAGUGUUGCACUUUAGCUAAUAUACACUGAUUAAAAAAUAAGAAAAUCUUACCUCACUAAUAACUUUUUAAAAAUCAAAGCGGUGCAAAGACUAAGUAGGCGGUCUAUACUUUAUGCAUGUACUGUGUAAAAUAUUGACUAUCACACAAAUAUUUGCUUGGGUGUUAUGGUUUGUUACUCUUUUCAAAUGUAAGUGUUCCCUUGCAUGAAAAUGGAGAAACAAAAUUCAUAAAUUUAGCCGAAAGAUGCUGAUUCAAUUUGUAUACAAUGAAUAUAAAUGAGACAUCAAAAUUUUCACGAAAUGUUAAGUGACAGCUAAAGUACUUUUAUAUAGUUUGUUCUUAUUCUAUGAAGUUCUAUUUUUUAAAUGAAAUAACUUUCUGGAUUUUAAAUAAUUUAAAUAUCUUCCAUUUGCAAAUAGAAUCAUUUUUGUAAUAUUUAUUUUAUGCUUAUGAGCUAGAUAAUUGCAGAAUAUAAUUUUAUCUGUCUUCCUAAGAAAGCUGUGGCUGAAUUCUGAAUAUCUGUUAUUAGAGAGCAGUCUUUACAAUUUUGGAAAAGAUUUCUAGAUGAAAUCUCUGCAACUAGCCAACCUAAUUGAUAAAAGUUAUCUGUUCACAGGCCUGCAUGAUGGUGAGGAAUGUUCUGAGAUUUGUGAAGCCAUUUGAGUAGUGAAACACAAACACCAAACCCCCUGAAUGCAGAAUGUGUAUACACAGGAAUAAACUUUGUGACAUUUAUGUAUUUUUGAAAACACUCUUUGUGCAAAAGAUACAUUUUUAUCCUUUUAUCAUUAUAAAGAGUCCAGCCAUUCUUACAGGAGAACGUCUUAGGAUCACAGAUAAGAAGUCAAGCCCCAAUUCAGAACUGCCUUCUCUAGAAAUUUAAAUUUGGUUCUUUCCUACUCAGAAACGACUAUAUACUUUAGGUAUUAUUUGAGCACAUUGAAAGCAGUGCACUAUGAUUGUCCAACACAGGCCCCUCUGAUAAAGAGAAAUGCAAUUAUGUAUUUGGCUAAAUUUUGCCCAGUUCAAAAUAAAAUUUAAGAAGACAGAGAUGGGGGUUUUUUGGCAGGUAGUCUAUCUAUAACUAUGUUAUUUUGAAAUUUAACUGCUCUGGAUUAGGGAUCAGUAAAAUCAGGGAAGACAACAUAAUUAAUGGGCUCAAAUUCUGAAAAAUGAAAGUAUCCACAUUGAUAUAUCAAGAUGUUGCCUAAGUUUUUGUGUGCAUCCAGUAAACAUUGUAAAAACCAAAAUUGGAAUUGAUAUUUCAUCUUGACUUUUAAAACCAUAGAGGCUAAUUGUUAGUAACAUCAAAAAUAGCAAUUGCUAUUAGGAUAUCUGUUUAAAGUAGGGAUCCCCAACUGGCCACACAGCAAGAGGCUGGAGCAACUGAGCAUUACUGCCUGAGUUCCACCUCCUGUCAGAUCAGCAGCAGCAUUAGAUUCUCUUAGGAGUGUGAAUCCUGUUAUGAACUGGUGAGGGAUCUAGGGUACCAUAUUCCUUAUACGAAUCUAAUGCCUGAUGAUCUGAGGUGGAACAGUUUCAUCCUGAAACCAUUCCCCCCAUCCAUGAAAAAAUUAUCUUCCAUGAAACUGGUCCCUGGUAUCAAAAAGGGUGAGAACCCCAGGUUUAAAGAAUGGCCAUAUUUCUUAAUAUUAAACUUCUAGUUUGCACAUUUCCUUUAGAAACAAUUACAGGUGACUUUGGAAUCAUUUACUUCUUCCAUGCUUCCUCCAUAAAGACUGAUAAGUCUUGGAUGCAAUCUGUAAAGAAAAUAUGUAUAAUUCAUUAUUUCAUCAACUUAUUUGUUAUACAAUGCCAAAUACAAAUUGACAACAAACAUAGAAUUCAUGACAGAGUUGUAAUCUAGAAAACUGAGAGGCUCUGAUAAAUCAACAAUAAUUACUCUAAAGCCUCCUUAGCUGACUUCCUUGAUUGUCUAAUGUUCUCCACUGCCUCUGUAAACAAUGCCUACCAAGGAUGAGUUUGCAGGUUCCCAAACCUGUUUAUACCAGUUGCUCAUUAAUAUGUAAAACUCUUCCUAUGUAAAGGAAGUUGAAUGCUUCAUAAACACCUAAUAAAAGCAAAUUUCUGAACAAAAAGUGUUACAGUAAUUAUGAGUGAGAGGAAACUGCAAGACUGAAGGAUUAAAAUCUAACACUCUACUACUCAGAUGGCUCCACUUAAAAAGGUUUAAGAUCUUGAUUCAUUUUUAAAAAUCUAAAAUGGAAGUUGUAGACAUUAUCUGUAUAGUUUAUGUACAAUAAAAAAUUAGAAAGCCAAUUUAGACACACAUAACCAAAACAAAUGCCUUGGAUCUACAUAACAAUUGGGGAAUAAAUGUAAAGUUACUUUUUUAAUUGAAA